GCUGAAAACAUUUUUUGUGUUACAUUUUCGCUUCUAGAUGGCCAAAAUGCUGUUUUUGCUGGCCGUAUUCUUUAUACCGGCUUCAGGCAUGUCUGUGGAUGCCAAUAACAUGUCGGAUCAGGAACUUGUUGAUUAUCUUAACAAGAAACAGCAUUUCUUCAAGGCAGAACUUCCAAAAAUGCCGUACGAGAAGUUCAAGUCACAGUUGAUGGAUCUUAAAUUUAUGAAGAAACCUGAGAGAGCUGAAAGAGCAAAGCAGCUUGUUUUGAAUGAGGACCUUCCAGAAAGUUUCGAUGCUCGAGAAAAGUGGUCCAACUGCGUUUCUAUAAAGACUAUCAGAGAUCAAGCAAACUGCGGAUCUUGUUGGGCUGUAUCUGCAGCUUCAGCCAUGUCUGAUAGAUUGUGUAUACAAACCAAGGGACAAGAUCAGAGGAUAAUCUCAGACACAGAUAUUCUUGCAUGCUGCGGUGAAUUUUGUGGCGAAGGAUGUAAUGGAGGGUAUAUGCUCAAAGCCUUCCAGUAUGGUAUGAACUUUGGAGUAUGUACUGGUGGUGCCUACAAGGCAAAGGGUUGCUGCAAACCAUACGCUUUCCAUCCAUGUGGUCAACACAAGGAUCAGCCAUAUUAUGGUGAAUGUCUGAAGCAGAACGAAGAUACACCAACUUGCCGUGCGCGAUGUCAGUUCGGAUAUAAGACGGAUUAUGACAAAGACAAGAUUUACGCAAAUUCCGCAUAUUUCGUCGAUGAGAAUGAAGAUGCGAUUCGAAAGGAAAUCUUCACUAGUGGACCCGUUCAAGCAGGCUUUAUAGUUUACCAGGAUUUCCGAGCUUAUAAGAAGGGAGUAUACGUGCACACAACCGGAGGUCGAGCAGGAGGUCACGCUAUCAAAAUUAUAGGAUGGGGCGUAGAGAAUGGUGUGAAAUACUGGCUCGUUUCAAAUUCCUGGAGUUCUGACUGGGGAGAAAAUGGCCUCUUCAAGAUACGCCGAGGAACCAACGAAUGCGAGAUUGAAAGCAUGAGAAUUCUCACUGAGAGAGAACUGCUAAUCAGUAUCCAUACAAUCACCAAAACUCCUGGUUUGGGAAUUCACUUCAUUACAAUAAACAGGAGUGCAACAGAAGCUAACAAAGGAACUUGA